AUGGAGAACUGCCCGGCGGUGCCGGAGGGCGUGCUGGGCGCUUUGGCGUGCCAGCAUAUCCUCCAGGAAUGUACAAAUUCUGCAUCGUAUCCCUACCUCCAACUGUAUUACUGCCUCGGGGUGCAAACCUUGCCUGCCGAGGUGGAGUGGCUGCGCGCGGCGCUGGGCAUGUCCCUGGUGCUCGGUGCGCUGCUGCUCGUCUUUAGUGCGCUGGGCCUCGUGGCCGGCGACUUUUUCUGCCCGAAUCUCUCGUCGCUCGGCGCGGAGCUGGGCUUGAGCGAUAGCACGGUCGGCGUGACGCUGCUUGCGUUUGGCAACGGAUUUCCGGAUGUGGUGUCGACGUUCCGUGCGAUGCAAAAGAACGCAGGUGCCAUGGCGCUCGGCGAGCUCAUGGGAGCGGCUGUGUUCACAGUGUCUAUGGUAUGCGGCUCGAUCAUGGUGUUUUACUCGUUCCGCGUGCAUCCGUACGUGCUGCUGCGCGACGUCGGCGUAUUUGCCAUCGCGCUCACCUCGAUGCUGUACUUCUUGCAGGACGGCAAAAUGGGCGUGAAAGAGGGCCUCGCCAUGGUUGCGCUCUAUCUCGCAUUUGUUUUUCUUGUAUUCUUUGGCGAUCUGUACGUCGACCCCGAGCUGGGGGCCGAGGCGGCGGACGCCGAGCGCAUUGCCGAGCAGUCGCCGCUGCUGGGCGAGCCGAUGCUGCAUGUGGACCAUACGCAGCCUACGUCCUUGUCGCGUCUGCCUGUCGUUUCGACGUACGAGGUGCGCCGCCUCACACGGCUCCUGGACGAAAAUUCGGGGCGCUUUCUCGACAGCCCCCGCCGCGCGAGCCAGACGCGGCAUGCCUCGCUGCCCAUCUACACGUCGGGCGAGACGCUCGGGGACGACAUGGUGCGCACUUAUUCGAACGGCGCAAUCGAAGCACGGCGCCCGCCGACGCAGCUCGUGGGGCGGCGUGCCGUGUCGCCCGAGCCCGCGCGCCGCGUCGCGUCGCCGGUCCCGUUGCCGCGCAGCGCAUCCCCCCAGCCGAUGGACGAGGAGCCGGUCGUGCCGCAUAUCCGCAUCCAGCGGCCGUCGGUCGACCUCGGCCGCCCCCCCAUACUGUGGCAUCGCGUGUGGAUCAUUGCGCUCUUUCCCUCGCUCGUGUGCUGGGAGCACCGUACGCUGCUGCAGCGCGUCGUCGGCGUGCUGAGUGCGCCCGCGCUCCUGGUCCUGCGCAUCACCGUGCCGCUAAUGAGCCGCGAAGAGUUUGUGCUGCACAAAGCGCUGAGCCGGCUGCUUGCGUCGCCCCUCGCGCCCGACGCGUCGCCGACGCCGAGCGAAUGUGCGGCGUGUGACGAGCUGGGCGAGACGAGCCCCGCGCAGCUCGCAGACCCCGACUACAUUGUACAGACAGCCGAGCGUACCGAGGCCGACCGUGUGCUAAUGGCCCUGCAGUGCGCUCUGUGCCCCGCGUUUGCGCUGUGGGUCCUUGCGUGGCCUGCGCACGACGGCGUGCGCCACGCGCUCAUGGCCGCGUCGUUGCUGCUUGGCGGCGCAUUUGGCUGGGCGCUGGCGGCGCGUCUGCGCAAAAAUCCGCAGUGCCACAGCCCGCUGGAGCUGCAGCGGUACGCGCUGCUGCGCAGCAGCGUCGGGUUCCUCGCCGGCCUUUUGUGGAUCAUUGUGAGUGUCGACGAAGUUCUUGCGGUGCUCCAUGCGCUCGGCUACAUCUACGGCUGGAGCGAAGCGAUCCUUGGCCUGACGCUCUUUGCGAUGGGCAACUCGCUCGGCGACGUGGUGACGAAUUUGACGAUUGCGCACCUCGGUCACCCCCUCAUGGCUCUGUCGGCAUGCUUUGCGAGCCCCCUCACCAAUCUGUUGCUCGGCAUGGGCGCGUCAGCGACGUGGAUGCAGCUGACGCACCCGUCGCACGGCCCCUACUACUUCCCCCACAGCGCGACACUGCAGCUGAGCAGCCGCGUGCUGCUCGGGAUGCUUCUGUCGAUGCUCGUCGUGAUUCCCCUGAACGGUUUCCGGCAUCAAUGUAUAUCUGGAAACACAUAG